AUGGAGUGGACGAAGUUGGAACGCGCUUUCGCUGUUGAGGCAUUUUUUUCAAGCGGUCGCUCAAUCGUCGCAACGCAACGUGCAUUCCGUAGACAUUUCAAUAUUGCCACCCGUGGUCGUGUUCUUGGCUGGCAGUCGAUUGUUUCAUGGGUAAACAACUUCAGGGAAACGGGUGAUGUAAAGAAAAAGAAACCUGGCCUCCCACGAACAGCAAUGUCACCCCAAAACAUUGACGCGAUCGCACUUCCUUUUCUUUCUUUCUUUCUUUUUUCUUUCUUUUUCCAUUCUUUCUUUGUUUUUAUUGCUUUUCACUGCCAAAUCUUUCUUUCUUUUUUCUUUUCUUAUUUCACUGCAUAUUGCUUUGACUUUCUUUUUUAUUUCACUGCACAUUCUUUCUUUCUUUCUUUCUUUCUUUCUUUCUUUCUUUCUUUCUUUCUUUCUUACUUUCUUUCUUUCUUUUCGUCUUUAUUCUUCUUUAAUUCAUUAUUUAAUUUCACUUCAUUUUCAGUCUUUCUUUCUUCCUUUGUUUUUAUUGCUUUCACUGACAAAUCUUUCUUUUUUCUUUUCUUAUUUCACUGCACAUUCUUUCUUUCUUUCUUUUCUUAUUUCGCUGCACACUCUUUCUUUCUUUCUUUCUUUCUUUCUUUCUUUCUUUCUUUCUUUGCGUUUACGCCAAAUCAUGCAGGUGAUAUCUUAUAG